AUGAGCUGCUCUAAGCUGUCCGUAAGGGAUGAUCGUGAUAAACUUCGUGAGAAAAAGGAUAAUCGAAAUCGUAAAAAAAGGGAAAAAUUUGCUGCUCUUUCGGCUGAAGCAAAAGAAGCUUGUCGAAAAAAGAAUAGAGAGGCCUAUCAUAGAAAAAAAUUCGAAAAAAUGCUUUGCAAGUCCUUGCCACAACAAUUUCAACAGGCUCGCAAAUCACCAACUUCUGCAUCCGUUAUGCAUACCUUUGCUGCUGAACAAUGUUCUCAUGGUAGUAGAGUAACUAGUUCUCAAACUCUGAAAGACAUAGACAAUGUUGAUCGAAUUAUUGAUUGUAAUCAAGCUGCUUCCCCCAAUCAGUUGUCAUCCUCUGAAUUUACAAGACACUGCAGAGGUCCUGCAAAACCUGGUAUUCGAACUUCUCAGUCUGCAAACAAUAAUGCUAAACUAUCUUAUACUGAGUCAAGUAAAAAGUUAAAAGAACAGAUUUCUUCAUUCUCAAGUUAUGAGAAAGGAUCUGCAUCUAACUCUGAGACAAAGCAUACGUGCGUAACUUCGACACAGAGUGCAGAUAAAUCAUUCAUAUGUAUGAACUGCUACAAAUUCUUGACAGAAAUUGCUGAAGAGGCUUCAGAUUUGUCAACCAUGCUUCCAACAUACCAAGUGUACCAGCUUCCCCACAGUGGCUCUGCUAGAACAAGGACAAGUAGAGCUAAUCAAGUUGUCGAUGGAGUUUAUGCACUGCAGUUUAUUAAUGACAAGGCAGAUAGAUUACCUAGCAAACCUGAUUGUCAAUUCUGUGGAGCAAAAAUGAUGCACUCUGAGACACCUAAUUUCUGUUGUUCUGACGGACAAGUAGUUCUACAUGAAAAUAACCUUCCAGACAUUCUUAUAGAAUUAUUUACUGGUCACUCUGAUGAAGCUUUAUCCUUUCGUACGUAUGUCAGAACAUAUAACAAUAUGUUUGCUUUCACUUCCUUUGGUGUACACUAUGAUAAAUCGCUUUGCAGGAGAACAAAUGGUAUAUAUACAUUCAAAGUUCAGGGACAGACCUAUCACUUCAUCAAAGACCUUAUUCCGCAUGGAGGAUCUGGACUAUAUCUGCAGCUGUAUUUUCAUGAUACAGACCAUGAGCUCCAAAAUAGAAUGGCAGUUUCUGAAAGAUUAACAGAAACUAUAGUACUGAGGAUCAUGGAACUGAUGAAAUCUAAUCCAUACGCAUGCUUUCUGCGAAGCCUCAGAAAUGUUCCAAAUUUAGAUUCAUAUCAGAUAGUGCUGAAAUCACAUUCAGAAAAUGAUCAACGAGUAUUCAACCAUCCAACAGCCUCUCAAGUUGCAGCUCUUUGGACAGAAGCCCAAAAUUCAGAAUCAGGCUGGCAUCCUGGCAUCAGAAGAGUGACCACAGAGAAUCCAAAAAAGAGAAAAAGAUGUAUUCAGAAAACCAGAACUACUGCUGUUCUAACCAACUACAAAUCUGCUGAAGAAAUGAUAUCUGCUGAACAAGAAGCUUGCAAUGAUCCUGAAAACAACAGUGAAUCUGUGUCAAUGCGAGAAUAUUAUGCUUAUAAAUUGCAGAUGAGAGACAAAUAUUGUCCAAAUAUACUCAACACUGGAAGAUUACUUCAGCAGUAUGUUGUUGAUAUGUACAUAAAAAUCGAAAGCCAGAGACUAGAUUACUAUAAGAAUAAACAAGAAUUUAUAAGAAGAGAGGAACUACAAGGCGUUAUGGAUAGCGUCAUAGCAGGUCAAUGCCAAGGUUCAAAGGUAGGCCAGCGAGUGGUGCUUCCAGUUUCAUUUAUAGGAGGCCCGCGUGACAUGAAAAGGAGAUAUGUUGAUGCUAUGGCUUUGGUACAGAAAUUUGGUAAACCAGAUUUAUUCAUUACGACCACUUGCAAUCCUUCAUGGCCAGAAAUAAAGGAUCAUAUGCUCGGAACAGAUGAAGGACACAACAGACCAGAUUUACUCACUCGAGUGUUUCAUGCAAAGCUUGAUAUGUUGAAGCAAGAAUUAUUCAAAAAAGAGAUAUUUGGAUCUGUUGCUGCUUACACCUAUGUCAUUGAAUUCCAGAAGCGCGGUCUUCUUCAUGCUCAUUUCCUCAUAAUCUUGAAGCCAUGUUCAAAGCUUUACUCUACAGAUUCUUAUGAUCAAAUCGUUAGUGCAGAGAUUCCAGAUGAGAGCAAAAAUUAA